UGACGGGCGACACAGCAGCUACUGGCUUCUUGCUGCUAGCACAUCUUUCCUUCUCUUGGGUGAAUGAAGCCUGUGGAUCCGUCUCAGUGAACGCAGAGUGCUGCCAAGGAUGAGUGAAACUACAUCGACCAACAUCUCUGUUGCUCAAGCUAAUUCAACAGACAGCAUACAGGUUUCUUCCACACGAUAUUCACGAAUGACAGAUCCUAGUUUCACCAAGAGGAUUUGUUUCUACAAAAGUGGAGACCCAAGGUUCAAUGGAAUCAAAAUGGUUGUCUCCAACCGAUCCUUUAAGACAUUUGAUGCUUUGCUAGACAGCCUCUCCAAGAAAGUUCCUCUACCUUUUGGAGUUAGAAAUAUAACAACGCCACGUGGAAUACACCACAUAACCACUCUAGAAGAACUAGCGGAUGGUAAAUCCUAUAUUUGCUCCCAUCAAAGAAAGAUAAAGCCUAUUAACCUUGAGCGAGCCAGUAAGAAGCCAUUGCUGUGGCAAAGUACCAGGCCAAUCAGUGCUCGACGCCGGGUUAGACAGCUUACUCGACAUAAUGAAGUUGCACCAUUUCAAAAAGAAAAUACUGUUGUGCUUGGAAGCUCAAAGAACUUUGUGAUUUUCAAAAAUGGAGAUAAAGAGUGCAAACACAGCUUAGUGCUGAACAAGAAGUAUAUACAAAACUUUGAUGUCUUUCUGGAUCAAAUUUCUGAUGUUAUGCAAUUUCCAGUAUACAAACUCUACAGCACUGAUGGAAGGAGAAUUCUUAGCACCCAUGCUCUCCUGCUGAGUUCUGGUACAAUAGUUGCAGCUGGACGGGAACCUUUUAAGCCAGGAAAUUAUGAAUCUGAGAGGGAAUUUCUACCUGCUAAAUUACCUGGGAUAUCCCAUCGCGUAUUUCCUAAAUCAAGAUCAAAGCAAGAAAUGAAAAGCCCUGGAAAAUGGAAGGUGUCUGUUUUCACUAGUGAAAUGCCAUUAGCCGGGACCACAUCUCAAGUUUACAUCAUAUUCUAUGGACAUCUAAGAGCAUCGGCGCCAGUCUUUCUUUACAGUAAUGAAGAAGAUAUAUUCCAGAGUGGCCAUGAAGACACAUUUGAUAUUAGCAUAGGAGACAUUGGAGAAGUAUAUAAAAUAAGAAUUGGGCACACAAAUUCUGGAGCUUCCCCAGGAUGGCACUGUCAAGAGGUGCAGCUGUUGAAUAUUUUUUCAAAUGAACAAUUCUGCAUCAAAGUAAAUCGCUGGCUUGCACGUGACAAGGAGGAUGGGGAAAUCUGCAGGGAGAUUCCUCUGCUUAGACACAAUCAUUCCAAACUCCCAGUCACAAAUUACAAAAUUGAGGUGGAAACAGGUGAUCUGUGGAAUGCUGGAACGGAAGCCAAUGUGUAUAUUGUACUGCAGGGGCAAUAUGGAGACACAGGCUCCAGGCAUCUGCAUAAAUCAAAUAAGCCAACUUCAUUUGCUAAAGGACAGACAGAUACCUUCUAUCUGGAAGCUGUUCAUCUUGGUGAUUUGCGUACAGUCAUCGUAGGCCAUGAUGGACUUGAAUCAGGGAAUGGCUGGUACCUGGAGAAAGUGAUAGUCCAUGAUGAAGUAAAAGACAAAGAAUAUAAAUUCCUCUGUCACAGGUGGCUAGAUGAAGGAGAGGAUGAUGGAAAAAUUGUGGGGAAGCUAUCUGUCACAGAUGAAGCUGAUUUCCCAGCCAGGUACGAACUUGAAGCCAAGAAGAAGGAAAUGUGGGCUGCUGAGAAGUGGAAGUAUCAGAACAAGAACUGUCUGCAGCUGUACUGUAGAGCAACAGGGAAAUUUAUCCGACUUACCCCAGAUGGCAAAGUGGAUGCACUCGGAGACAAAAAGGAUAAACAUGCUUUGUUUGACGUUCUGGUAAAGAGAGGAAAGGUGCGUGUCUUCAGAAGUCAUCACCUCCGACAUCUUGCAUUGGCAAUCGACAAGGGAGUAGUUGCUGCAAUGGACAAUAGCGGCAUUCUGUGCGAGCUUCAGCUUCAUAUUCAGCCGAACCGGUGUGUUACUCUAGAAUCUACCAGAAUACCAGGGAUGACUAUUUCCUUUAACAGUGAUGGUGAACCAGCUAGGGAUGACACCAGAGGCUAUGCAGACAUUGCUAAAGAAUUCUCCGUACAUGUUAAGGGAAUGUUCCACAGCGGUGCAGUAAUCUUGCUAGCCACUAGUUGGAGCCAAGCCUUGUGUCUGAGAUCUGAUGGGUCCUGCAGCGGUGCUGGGAAACAGAAAGUGGAAUCCUACUGGAGGGUACAUAAGACAGGCCCUGCUGUGUGCAUGUUUGAAAGUGUAACCUAUCCUAGAGGGUUCCUGCAGAUUAAAAAUGGUAGUUGUAAUGGAGAAGGCACAGGAGAUGAGUACUGCCAAUUCAAAGUUGAGAAAAACUAUGAAAAUGGAUCCGUGACACUAGAAAGCAUAAGAAGUAAAGGAAUAUACAUUGGGCUACUUCCCAAUGGGUUUGCAAAGCCGAUGAUACACACAGGAGAGAAAAACAUUGUUUUUUACCCACAAGUUAUCAAAUUUGGCAGGGAAAAACCUAUGGGGACAUCUGCAACUCUCAGCCAGAAAACGGAAGAGCUUCUGCUCCAAGAUGAAGUAAUAGAAGAAACACUGCACCCUGUGGCUCAGAGCCCAUCAGCGUCUCCCCCUUCAAGCAAAAGUGCUAGAAGACAGAGUAGCCAUGAGAUCCCUCCUUAUACAUCAAAUGACUGGAAAGUGUCUGUAUUGACUGGAACUUCUGGAACAUCCGCCAAUGUAACCCUGUGGGUGUAUGGAAGCAAGGGGUCCACAGGUCCUAUCUCUCUUGGAAAAGGCAAUAAAGACCAUCUCUUUCAACCUAGACAAGAAGAUCAAUUUAAGGUGGAAAUACCAAGUAUUGGCAAAAUUUACAAGAUCAGGAUAGGACAGGAUGGAAGCGGAGAUCAUCAUGAAUGGGAGCUGAAACAAAUAAUUCUACAGAAGAUGAAAAAUGGGAAAACGUUAAGUUUUGAAGCCAACAAGUGGUUGUCAAAAAAUCAUGGCAAUGGGGAUCUGAUGUGUGAGCUUCCAGUGGUUGAAGACGGUGUCAUAAUUUAUCCAGUUGUGAAAUACAAGAUCAACAUCUACACAGGACAUUUAGAAGAAGCGGGAACUGAGGUUCCAGUUUAUAUCUGCUUGUAUGGAGAGCGUGGAGACUCAGGAAGAAGAAUCUUGUCUAGACCGGACUCGUUACGUCCUUUCCAACAAGGGCAGGUUGACGUGUUUGAAAUCGAAGCUGUGUCACUUGGGAAGCUACAGAGUGUGCUCCUAGGCUGCGAGGCCAAUCACAAGUCACAGUACUGGUAUUGUGAGAAAGUAAUCAUCAGGGAACAGGGCGAACUCUCAGAAUAUAUCUUCAAUUGUGAAAGGUGGCUUCCAUAUAUGUCUCAAGGAUAUCUUCAUUCAGAAAUUGAAUUACUAAAGCAAGAGACGGAGCUGUCUUCUGAAGUGGCACACGCUACCAAAGCCAACGAAGGGGACUGGAAGAUCACACUUGUGACUGGCAAUUUUCCCAGUGCUGGCACCGAUGCUACAGUAUUCCUUCAUGUUUAUGGUACUGAAGCAAAUUCUGGCCCCAUAAUGUUGGGAUCAGGGAGUCAUCAACUGUUUAAUGUGAACAGUGCAGAUACGUUCCAGAUUAAUUUAAAGUCCUUGCACAAACCAUAUAAAAUACGCAUUGGGCAUGACAAUUCAGGAGACGAUCCAGAGUGGUAUCUAGAGGAGGUCAAACUACAUAAUUUGUCAUCUAAUCAAGAGCUCAACCUACCAGUUAAUCGGUGGCUUGGAGAGAAUCAUGAUGAUGGAGACACAUGGAGAGAACUUCUUCUAGGAACAGAUGCAAGUGCUGCAUUAGAGUUACUGGACUAUGAAAUCCAAGUUUACACAGGCGACAUAUCUGAUGCUGAUGCUGAAUCCGCUGUUUAUAUCAAUAUCUUUGGUACCAGAGGGGAUUCUGGGAAACGGAAAUUACAUAAAUCCAAGUUCCAAACUGUGAAAUUUCAGAAAGGACAGGUUGAUAUUUUUUGUAUUCAAGCAGUUUCAUUGGGGACACUGGCGAAAAUCCACAUAACCUGUGACGGAAGCAAAAAUGGAAACGGUUGGUUCUUGGAUAAAGUCACUAUACAAUAUGAAGAAGACGGAAAUAAUCACAACGUUCUGUUUCCAUGUAGCAGAUGGUUUGAUGAAAAGCAGGACGAUGGGAGAACGGAGAGAGAACUCUUUGCCUUAGAAAGAGAAAAUCCAGAAGAAGACAUUGAAGGAAAACUUUGGAAUAUACAAAUAACCACAGCAAAUGAUUCCUUACUGAGCGAUGAGAUGAAAGUUAAUGUAAUUAUUUAUGGAUCACAUGGGAAAACAAAUGACAUUUUCCUACUGCAAAAUUCUGACAGACGGUAUUUCUUUCCUGGCUCUAAAGAUGAGUUUUUGGUAAAGAUCAAAGAUAUUGGAGAGAUAUAUAAGAUCCGCAUUGUCUGUGAUCACGUACCUUCUGCGCCAGGAUGGCAUUUGACAAGUAUUGAUAUGGUAGAACAAGAAACCAGGCAAGAGAUGCAAUUUGACAGUGACUGCUGGCUCUUUGUGGAUGCUGAAGAGGCAGAAGUAAUAAAAGAAUUUCCGGUCUUGAGUAAUCAACAAGAACUUAUACCUGUUAAUCAGUACAUUGUGUCUGUGCACAUUGGUGAUCACUGGGGAGCAGAGACAUUUGCUAAUGUAUAUAUAACUCUCUAUGGAGAGAGAGGAGACUCAGGUGCAAGACAACUGUAUAAAUCAUCCAUCCCCGGAGACAAAUUUACACGAAACAAGAUUGACACUUUUGAACUGGAAGCUGUGUCUCUGGGUCAGCUAAGGAAAGUCAUCCUUGGACAUGACAGAGAAGGGUAUGGAGCAGGAAUGCAUCUGAAGAUGGUCACAAUUAAAGAAUCUCAAGACUCUCUUACUGAAUGGGUCUUUCCAUUUUGGAACUGGUUGGAUAGCCACCUGGCUUUAUAUCAGACAGUCUGUAAACUGUACACAGCAGGCAAGAGAUUAUCAACAAGCCCCAUACCUAUCACUCAGCUUGGUGGCGUAUGGAUAAUUAAUAUUACCGGCUCUGGAUUUGAGAAUGCUGAGAAUCUGAACAGUUUUUCUCUUUCAUUUUAUGGUAAUGAGGGUAAAGUACAAGUGGAAACAACAAUUAGUGGCGACGAACUGCAGGUCAAGGAUGAACUACAAGUGGGCACCAUCUUUAAGGUUCAGAUUUCCUGGUCGCAUAUACAGGUGUUCAAGUCAUGGUAUUUAUCCUCAGUACACAUGAAACACACAGUGACGAAUCAGGAGAUGUGGCUCAGUUUUCAGUGCUGGAUGAUGCCUAAUGAAGAUAGAUGUAUUGAAAUCCCUGCACUGUAUCCACAUAAAGAUCCCCUCCCGGUGGUGGAAUACACAAUUUCUAUACAUACUGGAGAUCAAAUGGCUGGAAGGAGCACCGGCCGAAUGUACAUCUGCAUAGAAGGAGAACAUGGAGAUACAGGAAAUCGAGUUCUAAAUGUGUCUGACGUUGAUAUAAUUUCUUUUACCAAAGGACAGGUGGAUCUUUUUACAAUUAAAGCGGUAUAUCUUGGACAACUCCAGAAAAUGACUCUUGGCUUCAACAACUUGGAAUCAGAUUCAUGGUUCCUGGGAAAAAUCGUUGUCAAAGAAGAUUACACUUGUUCCAGGCACACAUUUCAUUACAAUGACUGGAUCACAAGCCUUUCUGAGCAAGAAUUUACUGAAUCUGUAAUUAUGAUGACAGAAACCACUGUGGAACUGAGUAAGCUAAAUCCAUUCAAUACACCAACUAAUGGAAAAUGGCAACUACGAGUACUGGGUACGCCGACCUUAGAGGAGGACAUGGAUCUGUCCGUUGUUGUAUUUGGCAAAAAUGGGAAAUCUUCACAGCAAAGUGUGACAAACCUUAACUGGGAUCCUUUUCUGCUGAGUGUUGGAAAUAUCGGGAAUAUAAUAAAGGCUUCGUUCCUGUCCACGGGUAUGAGCUCUGAGAGGAGACUCCACUUACAGAAGAUUCGUAUGAGAGAUGUGGAUACCAAACAAGAAAUAGGUUUUUAUCCAGAUAAAGUGUACCUACCUGGUGAAGACUGCUCUGAAAAUGUGGCUGAAGUAGCAGCCGUCCUUCCCAAUCAACCACCAUUGGAUGAAGCGACAUAUUCAGUUUAUAUAAGGACUGGAGAUUUCCCUGCAUCUAGUACAGCCGCAGAUGUUUUUAUCACAAUAUAUGGAGAAAAUGGAGAUUCAUGCAAAAGAAGACUAAUAAACACCCUAACACCUAAAGUAUUUGGCAAGGGAAAGAUAAACUUUUUCAAAGUAAAGGCUGUGGACCUCGGCAUGCUCUCUAGAGUACAUAUCGAGCAUGAUGCUGUUGGUUAUGGAGCCGGAUGGUAUCUAGAUCAAAUUACCAUCCAGAAGUCAGAUAAGGCGGAUAUUAAAUACCUGUUUCCAUGCCGACGAUGGUUAGACACUGCAAUAAAUGACAAACAAACUGACUGUGAGUUAAAGCUCCUUGGGAAAUUCAGCAGAACUAAUGAAAAACUACUUACAUCCACUGAAGGGAUAAUUAAUAUCAUUGUGAUGACAGAUGAUAUUCCCAAUACUGGAACCAAUUCUACUGUGUAUUUAACAAUUUGUUGUGACCAGGGAAGUUAUGAACCAGUUGCGUUUGACAAAGGAGCACUAAAAAAGGGAAAAUCCAUACAAACAGUAGAAUUUAAUGGUAGUCUUGGAUCUAUCCAAAAAGUACGUCUUGAAAUGGAAGACGAUGAAAAAGAUAAUAGCUGGUUUUGCAAAAUGGUGCAGCUGCAGCAUGUACAAAGUGGAGACAUUCUAGAAUUUCCAUUUCUUCAGACCUUUGGUAGUAAAGAAAAUAAUUUAGCAGCUGAAUUACCAGUUUUGAAACCUUCUGGACCUUUUCUAACAGUAAAAACCUAUUACAUUUCUAUCAGCAUUCAUCAGGCUCCAAAGCCAAAUACAGACACAGAUUUGUUUAUCACCUUGUCCGGAACCAUGGGCAACACUGGAAGAAGAAGGGUUACAUGCAAGCGGAAAGCCUUGUCUUCUAAGACGGUUGGAUUUCAAUUGAAAACUGUUGACGUUGGUGUAAUACACAAGCUGCUCAUAGAGAAAGGAAAGCAAACUAAUUUACAGCUGGAGAAAGCCGUGGUGGAGGAAGGAUCAUUCAUCAAGAACAAAUACAUCUUUGUAGCCCAGCCAUGGAAGAAAGAAAAAACAAAUAUGAUAUCCAUGACUCUUCAAGUGACAGAAAUUAAGAAUGGGAGCAGCUCUGGUGCUCUUCUCAAUGAGAAUCAUUCUAUGACCUCAGAUGGGGAAUGGAAAAUUUAUUUAUUUAGCUCCAGUGAAGAAAUACAAAUUUCAGAAAUUCUACAAAAUAAUCUGCAGUGGAGUAUUGUGUUCUAUGGAGACAAAGGCAGGUCAAACCCACUGAGACUAGAAGAGCAAAACUUAGAUCAGUGGAAGUGGCAGGACCGGCUGACCUACAAGGUAAAUCUUUCACAUGAUCUAGGAGAGUUAUUUAAAGUGAGGCUGGGCACUGUGAACUGGCAUGAAGAUCUGGGCCGGUUAUCUUUGCACCACUUAAAUAUGCAGAAUACAAGAACCUUGGAUACGUUUAACCAGUCAAUAAAUAAAACACUUCCUCUUUCAUUAAGUGGAGACAAAUGGAUUGAAGUCCCCGUAGAAUGGCCUCUAAGAGCCUCCCUUUCUGCUGUUACAUAUUCCGUGAUUGUUUUUGUCUCUGACACGUCGGAGCAGAAAAAGAAAUUAAGUAUUGGUGUUUGUUUACAUGGGAAACAUGGAGACACAGGACAUAGAUAUAUAAAUUGGCAGCAUGUGAUCAAUGGAGAAGAAGAUGAGUCAUUUACAGCUAUAUUAGAUGCGGUUGAACUUGGGGAAGUACAUCAGGCUGACAUUUCAAUGAGCAGCAGUGACGAUUGCAAGCUGCAUAUCAAAAGGAUUCAUGUAAAGGAGUCUUCAAGGAACGAGCUCUAUGUAUUUAAUGUGAAUGAGAGCUUUUCAAUUCAGAGAGAAAAACCUGAGACAAGAAUAGAAGUUGUCAUUUCUCAAGUUGUCCGUGACCAGCAAGGAGAAACUGAUAAUGGCUUACUAUUAACCUCCAAUCCUACAGGAACUGUGGAGGAAAAUUUAGUGCAGCACAAGAUCAUAGUAUACACGGGUGAUGUAAGAGGAGCAGGCACCGAUGCCAAUGUUUAUAUCAUCUUGUUUUAUGGUAAUGGAUUCUCGAUUGGACCCGUCUGGCUAAAGGAGCCACAGGAAGAAAGCAAACCCUUUCAAAAUGGGAAGGUUGAUACAUUUAUAAUCGCAACAAAGACUAUCGGAAGAUUCUCACAUAUUGAAAUAGGCCAUGAUGGGAAAGGAUUGGGUAACGGCUGGUUCCUGGAAAAGGUGGAGAUUGUUACAGAAUUUACAAAUGAAAAAGCGCUCUUCUCCUGCAACAGGUGGCUGGCUGAAGAUGAAGAUGAUGGACGCACAGUCAUACAGCUUUACUGUUAACUAGGAAUUAUCAAAAGACUGUUCUAUUUAUUUCUACCAGAAUUCAUCUGAUAAUUCUCUGAUGAUUUUCUUGUAAUCACCUUCUCUUCAUUCAUUUGGACUGAAGACUAUGGAUCAGAAGUAAUAUUUAGUACCUACCUAGGCAAUUUUCAUCAGUGCUUUUGUCAUUCUACUAUACUUAGUUCUCAAAUGUGCUCAAGUCUCCUAGUUAGUGUUGGAUUAGCUGAUUGCCUCCAUAAUCUAAUGAUUGCAUGU